CGCCCCGCCCUUCCUGCGGCGGCCCAAGAUGGCGGCGGAGGUGGAUUUCGGGGACCGCGAGCUGUUCGGGCAGCUGGAGGGCGAGGAUGGGCCGCCCUCGCCGCCCGCCCUGGGCGUGCCCGAGGCUCUGCUGCAGCUCUACGAGCGGCUGCGGGACCGCGACGAGACGGUGCAGCGGCUGCGGGCGGAGAAUCAGGAACUUAAAAGGAAGCUGAAUAUUCUGACUCGUCCCAGUGGAAUCUCAGUGGAAAACUCCAAAGUUGAUGGGCCUCUCUUGCAGAUUUUAUUUAUGAACAAUGUCAUUUCUAAGCGCUACCACCAAGAAAUCGAGGAUUUUGUUUUUAGCUUAGUUCAGAAAUACGAAGAGCAGAAGAAAAGUGAGCAAGAGAAAACACACCUGAAUGCUAAGCCACAGCCCUCCAGCGUUGUUUUGGAAGAGGAUUGUAAAACAGCCAGCUCAUCUUCUGCUAAAAAAAUGAAAGAAGCUUUUAGUGUUGUAGGAAGUGUUGUGUAUUUUACCAAUUUUUGUCUCGAUAAACUGGGACAGCCCAUAUUAAAUGAGAAUCCACAGCUGACAGAAGGAUGGGAAAUCCCAAAAUACCAGCAAGUUUUCAGCCAGAUUCUCUCCCUAGAUGGACAAGAAAUACAAGUCAAACCCAAAAGCAGGCCCAAACCUCACUGUUUCAAUUGUGGUUCUGAAGACCAUCAAAUGAAAGACUGUCCAGAGCCCCGGAAUGCAGCUCGGAUAAGUGAGAAGAGGAAGGAGUUCUUGGAAGCCUGUGGGGACACGAGCAAUCAGAACUUCCAGCAGCGUUACCACGUGGAAGAAGUAGAAGAGAGGUUUGGAAAAUUUAAGCCAGGAGUGAUCAGUGGGGUCCUUCAGGAUGCCCUGGGGGUCACGGACAAGAGCCUCCCUCCCUUCAUCUACCGCAUGCGCCAGCUGGGCUACCCCCCGGGCUGGCUCAAGGAGGCCGAGAUGGAGCACUCAGGACUUGCUCUUUACGAUGGCAAAGGUGAAGGUGAUGCAGAAGAUGAAGAGUGUCCCCAACACAAACGUAUCACUUACGAUGUCUCCAAGCUGGUAAAUUAUCCAGGCUUUAAUAUAUCCACUCCCAGUGGCAUCCCAGAUGAGUGGCAGAUCUUUGGUUCCAUCCCCAUGCAGCCAUCUCAGCAGAAGGAUGUUUUUGCUCACUACCUUUCCAAUUUCCAGGCGCCAAGUCCCAAAUCCAGCAAUAAAAGGGCUGCACCUCAGUCCAAGUCUCAUCACUCCAAACGACCGAGAGAAGACAGUUUGGAGGUGGCAGCAGCUGACAUGGACCUGGACUCUGAUCUGGAAGCGGCACAAAGGUCCCAAACUCCCAACAGUUUUCAGUUCCAACCUCCUCUGCCACCUGGAUCUCCAUCCAUGUCCACCCCUCCUCCCAUACCCCGGGGAACACCCCCCCUGACCCCCCCUCAGCCCUCAACGCCCACCCGCUCCCCUGUGGCCAGGACUGCUCCACUGAACCCUUCCAGUGAUAUUCCUCAGCCCAAAAUUGUGGACUCUGUCAUGGAUGAGGACACCCUGACCCUGGAGGAGCUGGAGGAACAGCAGAGGUUGAUCUGGGCAGCUCUGGAGCAGGCAGAGAGCACCAACAGUGACUCUGAUAUCCCUGUGGACACACCUUUAACUGGCAAUUCCCUCACAUCCUCACCGGCCAGGAAUGAGGUGGAUCUUGUUGCUGAGGGCAGGUCACUUGAGAAGGUGAUCCCAGUGGAAACUGGGUUUUCUGACGUGAGUGACCAGAUAGCAGAAAAUGAACAUUCCGUAACGAGUCCUAAUCCAGGAGACACUUUACUUGACUUGAAGGAAAAUGCCAAUAAUGCUGUUCCUGAAGGUGUGCUGGAUAACCCCGUUCCUGCUCCCAACCCCGAGGUGGACGAUGGGGAAAGUACAGCAGGGAAUAAAGUGACCACAAGCACUGAAUCAUCUGCUAAAAAAUCCAGCCUUGUUCCUGACAUGAGCAAGUUUGCUGAAGGCAUAACACCCUUUGAGUUUGAGAACAUGGCAGAGUCCACGGGGGUUUAUCUACGGAUAAGGAGCGUGUUAAAAAAUUCCCCGAGAAACCAGCAAAAGAAAAAAACUUAAACCUCAACUGCUCUUCCCUUGUUUUCUUAUGUCCAAAUCCCAACUUUCUUCUGUUUCCUCCUCUGGUUUUACAAACUCAGAUGACCUUCCUCAUCCUCUGGUGGGAAAGAGAAAAUCUUGACAAAUCCAUUUCUGCCCCGUUCUUCCUUGGAACUGAAGUCACUGCAGAGCUUCCACAUUGACCAGGCCCACCAAUGCAGCCAGAAAAAGUAGAAUUUUCCCAAAUUCCACUAAGGAAUAACAGGCCUGUUGAUUUGUUAAGAGCAUUUUAUUUGCCAAUACUCAAGACUCUAAAAAGAGGAGUUUGUGGUUUGGUGUCCAUUACUUUGGCUGAGAUUUUUAUUGUCCUUGAGUUUCAGGUGGAUUGGUGAUUUUUUUAAUAUCUGUCCUUUGUACAAUAAUCUACACUUUAUACAUUUUGCUAAUUAUCCUGUAGAUAAGUUUAAUAUAUUCAGAAUGUUUUUAAAAAGGUCUAAUGUUAAGAUUUCCCACAUCGAAGUCCUGGCGAUCGGAUGAAAAUAAUGGGGGAUUACAUGCUAUUUUCACCAGUUGGAGUAUUUUUAUAAAUUAUUUAUGUGGGUCUGUUUUAAUUACCACUGUACCUUUUGUACCAUCAUCCUGCCUGUAAACUUGCUGUACAGACAUGCUCGUGGUUGUGUACAGAGGUUUAAUAAAUGGGCUUUUAGCUAAAGA